AUGUCGACCAUCGAACAAUCAAUGCCUCACACUCAGAAGCACGUUCACACUCUCGAGACCAGGCAAUGGGUUGAUGUAAAGGCCCUUAAGACGCCUAUCUCCGAGCAUACGGGACCUCUCCCCGAUCAGUCUCCUUCAUCGCACGAUCCCCCACGGGGAACGACUUUUGAAAGCGAUAGUGACUCCGAAAUGUCUAUUGACGAAGAGCAUACAAUCCCGGGAGGCGAUCAUUACCUUAUCCCAGCAAGGUUUUCAGGUGUUCCUGUUUUUAUCAAUCUCACCGCUCAUAGUUACAUAUCUAUGCCUUUCGAAGCCACAGAUGGCAUCCCCUCCCUUGUCGGAUUUUCAGCUGCGGAUAUGGAAAUCGGCGGUCAAAAAAUACAAGUAUUCAUUAGGGAUCAUGGAUGCUGGGAUGACACUAACGAGAUAAGCUAUGUUCCGAUAGGCGAUUCUGGGUCUAAGGUGAUCUAUGAAAGAAUUGAGGACGCUAUCAGGGCUUUAGAAGUGUUUUCUACCCAAAAGGAAAGAAUACAAUUGGACGUCGAUGGUAUUCACAAUGAUGAAUACCACGAUAAAAACGCGGCGAUAAUGGAGGAUUUUAGAAUUGAAGAAGCAGCAAAGAAGAAGCAGGAUGGGGCGGGAGAGGUAGGCAACGGCGAGAGCGACGAAAGUGAUGAUGAUUAUACUGGUAACAAUUGUGACGAAGAUUGCGGUCUUCAUCAUGGUAUAGGUGAACCUGGUGAUGGGGAUUGUGUAGAUGGUCUAGCGGACUGGGUGCGUGAGCAACACCGGAGUUUAGAGAGACGAAUUGACGAGUUGAUAAUGGAAGCGGCGGGAAUUUCUUCCAUCAUCGUGGAUGAAUAUAUGUAUGACGGAGCUUUGCAGGUCAUCAUUGAUGAAGACGAGAAUAUGUGCGAUAGUGACGUUUUAGAGGAUGGCGCAUGGGCCGGGGUGGGGAAGGGGGCAGGAAUUGUCGGGGGACAUGAAAGAGGACAGGAUUCAUGA